CCCAUAUCCGUAUGCUCAGUGACUGGCUGCUUAGGGCAGACACGGAACCGGCAGAUUCCACGGGAAAGGGGAAGGGGUGUCCUGCUUCGUUUUUUUUUUAACUUAGAGUCGGCAUAUUGCUGCGCUGCAGAAGGGACACGGGAGAAGGGGGGCAGGGAUAAGAAAAUCUGUAGUCAUUUCCUGUGGAGGUUCAUUUCCUGGUUAAGCCCCAGUUAUUAGCGGCUCUGUCCCUAUUCUCUGUAUGGGACCCGUCACCUCCUUCCCUCCCGCUCCCCCGCGGGGCUGCCCUUGCUAGUUGGGAACACUGCUGUCACCCUUCGCUUCUUUCAUGGCUUGGCCAUUGCCAGCCGCCAUAGCGGUGUUAGAAUGCUAAUCAUGUGCUCCCGGGCUGCGUGAGCGCUGUCACUGGGUCUGUCCGUAUGCACGCAUGUCUCCAUUCCCUGCUCCCUGAUCUAAAAGCUUUUGCCGGUGCCGUUGAUUAUUACCAUUGAAUGAAAUAACUGGUCCCAUUUUGGAUCUCUUGGUUCGGAAACAUGAAGAAGUUUUUUGAUUCCCGGCGUGAGCUUGGAGGAUCCGGUUCUGGGGUCGGCGGCGGCUCAUCCAGCGGCUUGGGGACUGGCUACAUCGGCAGAGUGUUUAAUAUUGGCAGACAUCAGGUCACCGUGGAUGAGGUCCUGGCUGAAGGUGGAUUUGCACUCGUGUUUCUUGUUCGCACCAGCAAUGGGAUGCGCCGAGCACUUAAACGCAUGUAUGUGAACAACGAGCAUGACCUACAAGUGUGCAAUAGAGAAAUCCAAAUCAUGAGGGAUCUCUCCGGACACAAGAACAUUGUAGGAUACAUAGAUUCUAGUAUUAAUUCCGUGAGCAGUGGGGAUGUGUGGGAAGUUCUCAUCCUGAUGGAUUACUGUCGAGGAGGGCAAGUAGUAAACCUGAUGAACCAGCGGCUGCAAACUGGUUUCACAGAAAGUGAAGUUCUCCAGAUCUUCUGUGACACAUGCGAGGCAGUGGCUCGUCUCCACCAGUGCAAAACUCCCAUCAUCCACCGGGAUCUUAAGGUUGAGAACAUUUUACUACACGACCGCGGUCACUACGUUUUGUGCGACUUUGGAAGCGCAACAAAUAAAUGCCAGAAUCCACAGACGGAGGGUGUCGCUGCUGUGGAGGAUGAAAUUAAAAAGUACACAACUCUCUCCUACCGGGCACCAGAGAUGGUCAAUCUGUACAGUGACAAAAUGAUCACCACCAAAGCGGACAUAUGGGCCUUAGGCUGCUUGUUGUACAAGCUCUGCUUCUUCACACUUCCAUUUGGAGAGAGUCAGGUCUCUAUCUGUGAUGGGAAUUUCACUAUCCCGGACAACUCUCGCUACUCCCAGGACAUGCACUGCCUGAUCCGUUACAUGCUUGAGCCAGACCCUGACAAGAGACCUGAUAUCUACCUAGUAUCCUAUUUCGCCUUCAAGCUUGCAAAAAGAGAGUGCCCUGUGCAGAAUGCUCAUGAUGCUGUGAUUCCUGCAAAGCUUCCAGAACCUAUAAAAGCUGGGGAGGCUGCUGCUAAGAAAACCCAACCGAAGGCCAGGUUGACAGACCCUGUUCCAGCAACAGAGACAUCCAUAGCGCCUCGCCAGAGGCCAAAAGCUGGUCAACCUCAGCCAAACCCUGGGAUGCUUCCAAUUCAGCCAGCUUUAACUCCACGUAAAAGAGCCACUGUUCAGCCAUCCAAUCCCUCUCCAGUUGCACCAGUAAGUGUCCAGUCCCCUAACCCUGCAGCAGUGGCACCUGUCGUAAGACCAGCGGUACAGCCCCAGCCUCAGCCAAAAGCAGCACAGCCCACGGCACAGGUUUCCACACCUGUAACCUCAACUCCACAGCCGGCUACUCCACAAGCUGCUGUACAAUCUGCACUGACCCAGCAACAGCAGCAGCUGUAUUUAAAACAGCAACUUAUGCAACAGCAACAGGCAGCAGCAUAUUAUCAACAACAACAGCAGCAGCAAAUGCUGCAAGCUCAACAGAUUCAGGCCAUGCAACAGCAGCAGAUGCUUCAGGCCUAUUACUUGCAGCAGCAACAACAACAACAGCUAUUGGCACAACAUGCCGCUAUGCAACAGAAAGUGGCAACACCUAAACCGUCGUCUCUACCAAGUCAGCCACAAGUCAUACCAGCUGCUCUCCAGCCACUUGCUGCUGCCCAGCCCCCUGCAGUUCAGGAACAAGGGCUGCCAGCUCCACUUAAGACCCCACAGAAGCCCCAGCCACCUAUAGCACCUCCAUCUUCUGCACCACCCACAGCAGCAGGGCAGAAACUGGGAUCCCUUACCCCUCCUUCAUCCCCAAAGACCCAAAAAGGUGGGCACAGAAGGAUACUAAGUGAUGUCACGCAUAGUGCAGUUUUUGGUGUCCCAGCCAGUAAAUCUACCCAGCUUCUUCAGGCUGCAGCAGCUGAAGCAAACCUCAACAAAUCCAAGUCAGCUACAACCACACCUUCUGGCUCUCCUCGGACCUCCCAGCAGAAUGUCCACAACCCGCCAGAACCUUCUGGCUGGAAUCCCUUUGAUGAUGACAACUUUUCCAAACUCACAGCUGAGGAACUCCUAAAUAAGGAUUUCGCCAAGCUAGGAGAAAGCAAACCAUCGGAGCAGCUGAGCCGCUCAGCAGAAGAUCUCCUGUCUGGGUUUUCAGCUCCACCUACUGUGUUUCAGGCUGAUGCAUUUGGAACUUCACUCUUUUCCAGCGGUUCAGCUGCAGAUAAACCUGUAGAUGCUCAGGGGCCCAGUCCUGGCUCUCAGCUGCAAAAAACAUCUGAUUCUUUCUUGCCUCUCCCUCUGUCUGACACCCCAGAAAAAUUGAUUGAGGGUCUCAAAUCUCCAGAGCCCCAGCUUCUCCUCCCUCACCUUAUGCAGCUGGCAGAUCCCUUUGGGAGCACAACAGAGGAUGGAAAUGGAAAAUCAGAGCUGGCAGUGGAAAGCCUCAUUCCUGGGCUGGAGCCUCCAAUGCCCCAGCGACUUUCUUCCCAGGCAGACUCUGUUGCUUCAAACCGAACAGACUCCCUCACUGGGGAAGAUUCUCUUCUUGACUACUCUCUUCUCUCUAACCCUGUGGCUGAUCUUCUUGACGAGUUUGCUCCUGUAACACAUUCAGCUUCGGUUUCCACAGACGAUACUAACCUGCUAACUGGCUUUGAUAUCCCGGACGAUACAGAAAAAAGGGCUGAUGAUGAAUUUGAUCCUAUUCCAGUACUGGUAUCCAAAAAUUCCCAAGGUGUGCAUCAAGAUUCCUCUUGGAAGAUUCCACCUGGAAGCGAUGGGUAUAAUAAAAUACACUCUGGUGGAGAUUAUCCUCUGGCUGUUGACAACACACACUUCCUUGAAAUGAAAAACGAUUGCCCAUCAAAGGGUCCAUCUAGCUGCAGCUCUUUUCAUAGCAGUGACGGAGAAGGAACUGAUCAUGAGCCUGACUUGCUCGACUGCAGUGGAUCAAGACCUUUACUAAUGGAAUCAGAUGAUGAAGAAUGUUCUAAGAAAGCUAAGGAUUUAGAACUUUCAAGUUCUCAUAUCGAGGAAAAAAGCAACCAGAACUCUCAACUUCCUUUUCAAAAGGUAACCUCCCGGCGACCAGAGUUGAGCUUGACAGAAGAUCUUGAUGUAUUCUCCACUGCUCCAUUCAAGGGUCAUAAAUUAACACAGGAUGAAUGCGAUAUAUUUACUAAUGCUCCCUUUGUAGCCAAGACUGCAUUCCCUUUAUCCCAAUCACAGGAACCUGAUGUGUUCCUCAGGGCCCCUUUCUCUAGGAAACUCAGUGUUGAAGAAGCAACCCAAAAUUCUUCAUCCCAAACGUUUCCAUCUCUGUAUGGGCUUGAUGUGGCAGGUAAUUCUACAUUCCGAAAUUCUGAAGUGCCAGUGGGAUCCCCUUCAAUGAAAACCUCGUACACCACAGGCAAUCUCUAUUCGCAUUCCAUCAGAACCUUAGAAUCUGUUGACACCUCUCUUUUUACUAAUACCUCAAAGGAACCAGGCAUCAUCGAGAAUCAUACACUUCCAGGACAUGACGCUGCUCAAGAGACAGUAUUUGGCACAGUGGUCACAAAUUCUUUUCGCCCACAGUCAUUGUCAAAGUAUUCCAGGCACUAUAAUCCUCAAGAUGGGCGGAAUGUUGAUGCUCAACCAAUUGCUGCUUUUAAAGUUGUAUCCAAGAAUGCAAACACCUCUGUAGCUGGAUCUGUUCCUAUAUCUUCUGUAACGUACAGGACCUCUGAAAUCACUAGUGUAGACCCAUUUGGCUCUGCUCCUUUUCCUGCAAACAGACCAAAGCCUUAAAAUUCUUGCAUCCCAAGCUGAUUUUGCUUCUAAAAAAACGGCCUCCUGUGAUUCCACAAUCAACUGCCCACAUCCUAUGAAACUUUUAACUUUUGUCUAUGAAGCCUCUUAUUGCAGUGCACUUAUUAUAAAAUGCUUUAAUCUCUUUACUAUCCCGCAAUAGUAUUUGAAGCCUUGAUAUUGGGACAGAAAACAUUUCUGCUUUGUUAAAAAAAAAAGCACUAGAAUGAAUUGCUGUUCUGACACUCCUCUGUGCAUACAAAUCUCUUGCAUAUUAACCAUUUUCAAGUGUUUCUGAAAAGGGUUAUCACACUUAAAAUGUAGGCUACUCCUCCCUUGUUUUUUGUGUUUAGUUUAGUGUAUUUGAUAUUGAGGUGCCUUAAUUUAUGGAGGUGAACCAAUUAAUUGUAGAAGGUUUCAGAUUAUCUUGAGUAUGCACAACCAGUGACUCCUCUCUGUACAUUGUGCUGCUGAUAUUAACCUCCUGGAAUGGACAUGAUCAAAGCCCAAGAGUGUUGUAAUGUUUAUGCUGUUACAUAAAGGUAAACAACUACUACAUAGUUCCUGUACAUUGUAUUGUAGACGAAAAAACUCUCCUUCCACCAGUGUAGUGGUUUCUGUAUCUACAUAGAAAAGACACGUUUGAAAUCCCAGAAUUGAUGGAUUACCAAUGAGCUCAGCCAUAACUGUCAACACUCCAGCUCUCCAGAAAUUACAUAUCACAACUACCUAGCACUGAGGUGCAUGGAACUGAAGUUCAGUGAUAUUUGAUUCCUAGUAGUAUGUUAUUCUUUUUGCAUUUGUGUGUCGUUAUGCCCUCUGUCAUGCAAAUGUUCUUCCUAAUCUACAUUGUGGGGAAGAUGGAUGAUUGGCAUGAUAUAAACUAGCCGAUAAAAAAUU